UGCUGUUCCUUCAGUUUCUUUAAUCUUUUUUUCAAAGGUGGUCCUGUCCCCACUGGCUCUCUUCUCCUCACCUCAGAUCCUCUAUUCUCCUUUGUUACCCCUUUCCCUUUAAGGUUUUGUUUGUUUCUCUCUCUUGCUUUUAAUUGAUUACAUAUUUCUACCCACUCUUUUUUCCUCUCAGUGAGUCAGACAAUUUCUCCUUCCUCCCCACCUCUUUAGUUAGUCCUGUUCAUUAGUUUUCUAAAAGCCAGCAUUCUCCCUUCCUUCCUCCCUCAUUUUGGCAGCAAUCUGGGGGGGAAGAGUCAUAAGGCAGGGGGACCAACUACAAAGAUAUUCGACAGUGAAGCCUGCACCUGGGUGGUCCCAGUGUGAGCUGAGGGAAGAGGAGGCUUAUGGGAAAGAUGCUGAGGAAAUAGAAAAGCCUGGAUAUGGCGAGUGAAUGGCAGGGGCGGAGGCGGGGGGAGCGAAUGAGGGAGAGGAGUCGAGGAUGACAGUGAGCAUCAGUGACUGCGGGAAGAUGCCCAUGGGCACAGAAGGGAUGGAUUUGGCGAGGUGGGGAAGAUAAUAAAUUCCUCACCAGAUACGUGCAAUCAUUAAUUGAUAAUUCUACCGUUUGGCCCAGACUCAUCUCGCGCCUCCCGCUAGGGAGUGGCUGAUUGCUUCCUCCUCCCGCUCCUUCUCCCCCGCCCGGGAAUCUUUGAUUGGCCCCGUUGCUCCUCCCCCUCCAGACCAUCCACGGCUCCAGAGGGCAAUGAUUGGUUCCCUGGACCGCUUCUGAGAACCUCGCCCCCAUCUCCGAGGUGUUGAUUGGUCUCUCAUCCUUUUUCUUAGGAUAGGCGGGGCCAACCAGACCUCCUAGUGACUGAAACCCUGAGUUCAGAUAUAAAACAACAAAAUGGCGAUUUCCCGUCUUAGGCGCCACAGGAAAUGAUGGAUUGGAGAGUUUAUAUGUGCAGGGAGGAAUGUGAUGGAGUCCAGUUUUGUCCACUUGAUCUCCUAGGCGACUGCAGGCUUCGCGCUUAAAUGUGGGGCGUGGCUAGGGAAAUGACUCCUGGCGGCCAAUCGGGUCCUCCAGCUCCUCUGUGAAGCGAAGGCUGUGUGUCGGGGGAUUCUGGGAUUCGUAGUUUCUGUUUUAAAAAAAGCCACUCCGCGCAGGCGCAGGCGCAUUCUUCAGGCUAAGGAUGCGCGCGGGUUUUAGUCGCCAUUAGAAUAGCACAGAUUUAGGGACCUGGGCUCCGGUCCUCGGAGGUAGCUCCGCGUAUGACGAAGCGGGGCAGAGCCCUUUUACCAGUGGGCCUUAGUAGAAUGUGUGCUGCUCAGCUUGUGUCUGAAGGAGAUACAGAUAUGAAUGCCACAGUGGAAGGGAAAGAUGCUGGAGAGACUGCAUCCUUGAAUGAGGCAAUGACCACUUCCCCAAGUGCUCAAGUUACACCUUCCGGUGAACAAAAUAAAGUCCCGAGUGCAGAGGACCCUGGGGAGCAAGAAACCAGCCGAGGAAGAGACACAUUAGACCCUGCAGUCUCUCAUCAGAACUUGAGAUGGUUUCAGCGCCCUGGAGUAGCUCCACCCCAAGACGAGGAGCUGAGCCAAAUCCGGGAGCUCUGUAUGCAGUGGAUGGAUCCUGAGACUCAUGCCAAAGAGGAUGUUCUGGAUAUGCUGGUGCUGGAUCAAUAUGUGAUUGUCCUGCCCAGAGAAAUCAUGACUUGGGUAAAGUCACAGCCUUCGGAGAACAGUGAGGAGGUAGAGAUCCUCUUGGAAGAUUUGAGCCAGAUGUUUGAGGACAAUGUCCUACCUUCUCAGGACUCUGCUGUUUCCCAGGAUCAGAGCUCUGCAGAAGAGGGAGCAGCUUCUAGGCCCUUGCCAGAUGAAUCCCAGGACUCUGUGACAUUUAAGGAUGUGGCUGUAAUGUUCAGUCGGAAGGAAUGGUGGCAUUUGCAGCCAGCCCAGAUGGAGCUGUACAGAGAUGUGAUGCUGGAGAACUACAAAAACAUGGUCUCUGUGGGGCUUCUUACUUCUAAGCCAGAGCUGAUAGCCCAGCUGGAGAGAGGGGAAGCGCCGUGGAUGCGGAGCAGGAAUGUCCCCAGAGGUCCUGGUGCAGGUUCAGAGACCAGGUUUGUUACAAAAGAAUCAGCUCCAAAACCGGGCAUUUAUUUGAAAGACCCAUCUCAGGAAAGGCUCUCGAGAGAUGGUCCCUGUGCCUCUACAUUGGGAGGAGCCUGGAAAUGUGAGGAAAAGCAGCAAGACAACCAAGAAGGACAAUCUAGUCAAGUAACAAUAGAACAGGAGAAAACAUCUAAGGUGAGAAGACCUAGAUGCAAUAUAUUUAGGAAAUACUUCAGGCCAGGGUCAGGCAUUGUUACAAAAAAGAAAGUUCCUACAGGAACAAAUCUCCAUAAAUAUACUAAACAUAAAAUGAGCCUCAAACAGUAUUUAGACCUGGUUAGAAGUAAAAUGACAACCCCAGAGAAGAAACCUAAUUUUAAGGUAAGGCCGAAGACCCGAAGUUACUACUCAAACCUUUUUAAGUCUCGUAGGAUACCUCCUGGAAAAAAAGGCUACAAGUGUAAGGCAUGUGGGAAAACUUUCAUCUACAAUUCAUCUCUUACUCGACAUCUGAGAAUUCACACUGGGGAGAAACCCUACAAAUGUUAUGAAUGUAAGAAGAGCUUUAGGCGGCGCUCAUUUUUCAAUCUACAUAAGAGAGUUCAUACUGGAGAGAAACCUUUUAAGUGUAAUCAGUGUAAGAAAGCUUUCAUCCGGGACUCAUCCCUUUUUAAGCAUCAAAUAAUUCAUACAGGAAAGAGACCCUACAAGUGUAAUGAAUGUAAGAAAGCCUUUACCCAGAGGGGGCUACUUACUGAACAUCAAAGGACUCAUACUGGAGAGAAACCCUUUAAAUGUGAUGUGUGUAAGAAAGACUUCAGUCACAAAUCAUCCCUUAUUCAACAUCAGAGAAUUCAUACUGGAGAAAGAACCUUCAAGUGUAAUAUAUGUGAAAAAGCCUUCAACCAGAGCACACGCCUAACUGAACAUAAAAGAAUUCAUACUGGAGAGAAACCCUAUAAGUGUAAUAAAUGUGAGAAGGCCUUCACUCAAAGAACACAUCUCAAUGAGCAUCAGAGAGUUCAUACUGGAGAGAAGCCCUAUAAAUGUAGUCAUUGUGAGAAAGCUUUCAGUAAUAGCUCAUCCCUUACUCAGCAUCUUCGAAUUCAUACUGGAGAGAAACCUUAUAAAUGUGAUCAAUGUGAGAAGGCCUUCAGUCAGAACUCAUCCCUUAUCAUACAUCUGAGAUUCCAUAGUGGGGAAACACCUUUUAAGUGUAAGGACUGUGGAAAGGCCUUCAGCCGUAACUCAUCCCUUACGAGGCAUCAGAAAACUCAUAGUGGGGAGAAACCUUUCAAGUGUAAUGAAUGUGGGAAAGCCUUUGGUAGGAACUCAUCCCUAACUGACCAUCAGAAAAUCCAUACUGGAAAGAAACCUUAUAAGUGUAAUGAAUGUGGGAUAUCCUUCAAUCAGAAUACUCGCCUUAUUGAACAUCAGAGAAUACAUACUGGAGAGAAGCCCCACAAAUGUGAUCUGUGUAAGAAAGCCUUCAGGAGUAGUUCAGCUGUUCUCAGGCAUCAGAGAAUUCAUAGUGGAGAAUAACAGAGUGGGAUCAUGCACGGGGAAAGCUUCAGUCACACUUGUCACUUAUUAAAUACCCCAGAGUCAAAUGAUCACAAUCUGCCCCUUGGGAGUUAGAGAGAGAUUUCCCUCUUCCCUGUAGUACACUACCUGCUUUCAAGCCACGGAUUUGCAUAAGUUGAACAGGAAGGAGCAUUGUUAUGAGAUCUGUAGUAGUAGAAGUACCGAGUCUUCUAAAAAUAACUAACAGAAGAAGGAAUCUUAAAGUUUCCAACUCUAGUAUUAAAACAACUGGGUAAUAUCUGUGAGUAAAGGGAUAAAAGAAAGUCCUGCUAAAGUAAAUGCAUAUUUUAAAAGUAUCCCUGUUACUUUUGGUGUGCACAAACUAGUUGUGGGCACAUCCCUGUGAAAUAUCUUCAGAUUCUUGUAUAUUUCACCCUGAAACAAGUUCCUAGUGUUAGGUAGGCUAGUGAAGAGUGGAUAGAAUUUUUUUCAAUUGGGCCUGCCACUAGAUCUAGAAGAUGGAGGGGAUGAGGCAGGACCCCCUAGUUUAAGAGUAAGGAAGAUAGAAAGUUGUUUUGGAGCUAAAGAAACUUUGUUUCUUUUUUCUCCCGGACAGUGGUAGGAGUUGUAAUAGAUACCUUCUUUGGUUUCUUGGCAUUCUCUUGUCUCUACCCCAGGGGUUCCAGUGCCCUAUGUUGCCUUCUGACUACCCAAAGUCCUUUGCUGUAUCCUCUACUCAUCCCUAACUUCUUCUACAAUGUCUUAUGUUCUAGAAUUACUGCUUUUCUGCUUCUUCCCAUCAGCACUUCCCUUUCCUCAGUGCAUCUUAAUAUGGAAAUUCAAUUUACACUCCAUUCCCAAGAUUUACCUUCCAGCCUGUUUCUUGGAGGUUGAACUAUGACUUACUGGGUGAUAUUGCCUCCAAGCUGUGGGCCAAGGGGCCCACAGAUUGCAGUCAUGCCUGAGCCCAGCCUUUCCAAAUCAAGCGUUUUGCUUCUUUGGAAUUGGAAUAGGAGCAGAGGAGGUGAGCUGAAAGCAGGGUAGAUUUUGGGCCAUGUGGGGAAAUAGGUGCAGUUUUCCUGAGGCCCUCCUUCCUUUUCCUGUUUUUGUCUGCUCCUGUCUUCUCUCCUCAGGGGCCUCUUCUGCUUAAUCUUGAAUCAGGCAUUAGUAACUAAGGGAGCAUUUUCUGCAGCAUCAUAAUGGAAGGACCUCCAAGAACAUCCAGUCCAACUAGCUCAUCUUAUCAGUGGUAAAACAGAUCCCAGAAGAAGAAAGUGGCCCACUAGGGUCAUGUAGGUGAUAAGUAGCAGGGUCAGGCUUCAAAUACAGGCCCUAAGACUUCAAAUCCAAUGUUCUUUUCACCAUACCCUGUCUCCACUGAGCAGGGAAUUCUCAGCAUCACCAGGCUAGUUGAAAAAGUGAUUGCCAUGAAGCCAGGAGGGUCACAAUCCUUGCUUUUCUCCCUUAGCCAUGGUCUCUUUCCCAGAGUGUUUCCUUUGCUUUAGUUCUAUGUUUGUCCCUGUUUUCAAGUUUGUAGUUAGGUCCUCCUCCAGCAUCAUGAUACUUAUCAUGUUAGAAGUACUUUCCAGGUUACAGAGCACCUUUGUGAUGACAACCUGUAUAGCUCUCCCCUGCUCAAGGGGCCAGUUAUUCAUCCCUGUCAAAAUCAACCCUGCUCAGGCAGGUAUUGGCUAAAAACUCAGGUGUGAGUUGAUGGAGAGUUAAAUGGUGACUCCCUCACUUAUAACUUGAAACAAUCAGUGAGAUUAUAGUUGAUAGCUAUUUCCCAUGGUUUUAUUCUCACCUCCUUAUAAUACCCUGGGGAUGGCUGUGGUAACGACAAAUUGCCUCACCAUGUAGAAACAAACCUCUGCCUGUUUUCUUUGAAACUCAACUCUCUAGAUCAAACUGAUUUCAGAACCCCAGCAGGCCUUUUGUUUCUCUAGGUUUUAAGCUGUCCCUGUCUCCCAUUCUCUUAUCUCUGAUAUUGCUGAAUUAGCUGUUAGGAUAAUUUAGACCGCAUUCCCAACUGAUUCCAAAUUCACCCUUACAUCUUGAACUUUUUUGUUUCUUAAUGUUGUUCCCUCUAUAUGUUAGGUUAAUUUAUGAUCUUAAGCUACAUUGAGAGGUACAGUGUCCAAAAUGAUUGAGGUUAUAGCCCUACUCACUUCUGCCGUGGGCAGAACCUCUCUCAAAUUGUGUGUUCAGUUUGGGGUGUCAGUUUUAAGAACAACUUUGGCAAAUUGGAGCACAUGCAGAAGAAGGUGAUGUGGUUUCUCAAGGUAAAGAGAAUGUGCCACAAGAAAAACUAUUGAAGGAAAUGAAUGAUGUUUAGCUUAGUUAAGAGAACGUGUUGUCAAGUAUUUGAACCAGGAAGGGAGAUUCAGCUUAUUCUGCUUGGUCCCAGAGAGCAGAAUUAGGAGCAGUAUGUAGAAAGCAUCCCAACUCUGAAAUUCCCUAAUGUGAUUCUCUCUAAACCUUCCUGAAGCCAAUUUUACAAAGGUUGUGUAAGCAAAAAAAAGCCAGCUGCAGAAGAAGGAUAGCUUUGAGAUUCCAACCAGGAAAACUUCCAGCAGUGACCAAAGGAGGUUUUUUCCUACCAAGUGGAGGUAGAUAAGACCCUGCUUCAGAGAAGGUAAACUGCUGGAGGACAAACUUUUGGUGCCUUACUUUCCUCAUAGCCCUAAGUCUAGGGCCAUGCUUGUUUUGGCAUCUUCCAAAGACUUAUUGAUUCAUUGAUUAUAGUCAAAAGAUUCUAGUUAUUUAAAUCCCUUCAAAACCCUUUUGUAAGGAGCCCAUAGGAAUGUAAUCAGUAGAAAUCCAACUGUCUAACUCAAACUUUUUUCUUUAAGUCUUUAAGAAGACGGUUUUAAUUGGUUAGAGCAACUCUAGCCCUGGCCCUUUUGGCCCCAGUCAGUGCGGACUUGGAGUCCAGGUGUCAAAGAACAGGGGAGCAUCUCCAGAACGGGCUGUCUGUUGGAAAGGAAUUUUUCCCAUCGUAUUUUGCCCAAUCCAAGGAAAUCUAUCAGGGCUGAAUCAACAGAAGCAGUAAGAGGUUUCAGGAUUUCUUUAGUGGCAUUGAUUCUGGUAGCUUGUGUGGGCUUCAGGAAAUACACUCUUCUAGAAUCCCAAGGAGACCUUAGGUGUCGUCUAGUCCAACUUGUACCCAAAGCAGGAACUCCUUCUUGAAGCAGGAAUCCUUGGCAAGUAAGAUUGGAGCAGUGAAAAGAGCCGCUGGAUAGAGUUUGAGGACAAGGGCUUAAGUCUGAGGCUCGGUCACUGUCAGUGUGACCUUAGGUAAGUCACUUAACUCCUCACUUGUAAAGUGAGGAGUAUGAACUGCAGUUAUGUCUAAGGUCCUUCAACUCUCUGUCAUCUUUUGCUGAGAGAUCCCAUUUCUUAUUUUCUUUGCUCCAUCUGCUUCCACCUUUCAUUUUUGGGUACUUCUUCGAGAAGAUGUAAGUCUCCUCAGAGUUGUGUUCACUAAAGACUAGACAGCCCAAGCAGUCCUGGUGGAUUUGACCCUUCUAAGAUUUCAACAUUGCCCAAGAUGAGACUGGCAGAGCCAGCACUGGGCAGGUAGGCAUUGAGGCAUGUGUUCAGCCAAUGCCAGCUAUGAUGCACAGAUGCUUUUUGGCCCUGUUCUCUUGUCUCCCUGGCCAGCUGUUCUGGCCUCGAUUCCAUGACUGAAAUUUAGCGUUGCUUGUUGGAGACAGAAGGCAGAACGAUGAGCCAUGAGGCUAAGUUAUAGAGACAGUUUCAGGUUCCCUGUAAGGAGGAACUUCCAAACAAUAGAGCUGUAGGAUGGGCUGCCUGGGGUGAGAGUGGAUUCCUCUUUGCUAGAGAUGUUCAAGAAGAGGCUGGAUGGUUGCUUGUUGGAGAUACCAUAGAGGGGAUCCCCUUUGGAAUUUAUAGGUUGCACUAGCUAUGUUGUGUGAGGGCCAUUACAACUCUGAGAAUGUGAUUCUUCCUCUGUUCACUUGGGCACUUCUGCCCUGGACCAGUUGUAGUUGCUGCCUUCCAUCCAAGACCUGUUCAUCUGAACUGUAUCCACCCAUGUCUAGACUGGCCCCAUUCUUGGAGAGCUUUCGACAGGCUCCCAGUCGUGCUGUAAUCAUCAGCUCUAUUUGGAAGCUGAGAUUCUGAUUAAUCACUCGUUGUUUAACUAGAAUUCUAUAUAGGAAGCUCACUAUGUUUUCUCUGAGAUAGAAGCUCUCUGUGUUCUGUGCAUUGCUGCUGGCUUUGCUGCUGUAGUGGUUAGCUGUUGUGCUUAGCGGCAAAUUUGCGCCUAACGGCCCUAAUUGGAGGAUUUGUUCUGACUUCCAUUGGCUUGCUACAUGAUCAAGAGAAGCUGUUGAUUUAUCUUCUGAGCUUGUUCUGCUUCUUUAAAAGGAGCUGUGCCUUUUUUCCCUUCGAAUGUCAUUGCACAGGAAAGGCAACACCUGCCUAACUAAGAUCGGUAAAGAAUAAGUGGGAAAGAGGGUAGUGCGGCCCUCUGGUUAGGCCCCACUGGCUGAACCCCGCAGAGUUUGUGCAGGGUCUUAUACUUAGUACAAAUAGUGGUUUUUGUUGUUGUUUUUUCUUCAAAUACUCUUGCACAGGAAGGGCAGUCUGAUAGAGCGGAAGAGAGCUGGGUUUGGCGUCACAGGACCUCAGGCAUCACUCUUUUCCCCAGCUUCAGAUUCCCCACCUGUGAAAUGAGCAGCUAGAUCAGAUGGCUUCUGAGUUCCUGUCUUGUGCUAAAGCUCUGAACUCUGAAGCCACUGAAGUUGAGUUUCCUCCCGUCCCAGCCCUGAUGCAGAGGCACUGGGGCAUGGUCCAGCUGGCCCUGGGCUUGGUGCCAGAAGACCUAGCUCCGCGUCUCUGCUUUGCCACUUCAUGGUUGGGUGGCACUCAACAAGGUAGGUCAUAGUUUAGCUUUGAUAAUAAAGUACGCUAAUAUACGUAAACUGCUCUGUGAGUUGUAAAACCCUCUAUGAUGUCAGCUUUAGUAAUUGUUGUUGUUUUCUCCUGUAGGAAUAGGCUGAGACUUGACUAGGGUGAAAGGGCGUGGUCAUCCUGAGAGGCCUCAGAGGCAUCUGUGCCUUUAAGUGAGUUCCUCCUCUGACCCUGUGGCCUAAAUUUGAGAAGCCCCAGGGCCCCAAGGGUCCUGAUUCUGAGAAGCCUUGGGCCCUAUCCUGCCGCGGCAUCUCUAUUUCCUGGGCCUUCUGAUGUGGAUCUCUUGGAUGCUAAGUGCUUUUUUAUUCAUCCUCCAAGAAAUUUGGUGAGCAUCUGCAGAGACCACGCCCGAGAAAAGUUUCCAGGGGCGGUCAAUGGGUACCUGCUUUCUGGGUAUGCUUCAUGGGAGGGUAAGGAGAGCAGAACAUGGUCUGGGCUGUCCUAGACUUGCUGCUUUCCAGGUAACAGUGACGCAGGUCCUGCCUAUCACCAGUAAGGGGAAGAGGGGGUGGGGAAGAGGAGGGUGCCGCCCCUUCGAUGUGCCCCACUGGCUGAACCCUGCAGAGUUUAUAUGUGCUUAAUCCAAGUCAUGUUUAGUUGAAUAAAUGUUUAGUUGCAAUGAU